CUUUCUGUAUCUCGUACUGCCCUUCCACCAUGCAAAGCGACGACGUGAUAUGGUCUGUCAUCAACAAUCAAUUUUGUUCCUACAAAGUCAAAACUGCGACACAAAAUUUUUGUCGAAACGAAUACAAUGUAACUGGGUUCUGCAACCGGCAAUCUUGUCCUUUGGCGAACUCUCAGUAUGCAACGAUUCGGGAGAAAGAAGGUGUUCUAUAUCUGUACAUGAAGACCAUCGAGCGUGCACACUCGCCGGCACGUAUGUGGGAGAAAGUCAAGUUGUCGAAUAACUACACCAAGGCUCUUGAGCAGAUCGACAGUGAGCUGAUGUAUUGGCCAAAUUUCGUCAUUCACAAAUGCAAGCAGCGUGUAACAAAAAUCACGCAGUAUCUCAUCAAAAUGCGCCGACUGCAGCUACGCCAACAGCCUAAGCUCAUCGGUGUAAAGAAAAAAUUGGAUCGUCGAGAAGCUGUUCGAGAAAGGAAGGCGCUUUCUGCGGCUCAUCUGGAACGGUCAAUUGAAAAAGAACUUAUUGAACGUCUGAAAUCAAAAGCAUACGGUGAUGCACCACUUAACGUCAACGAGACGGUAUGGCAGGCCAUCCUUGACCGAGAAAAGAAUGGAGAGAGCUCGAAAGACGCCGAAAAUGCGCUGGAGAUGCUAGCAGAUGAAACGGAUGAAGAAGACGAGGAAGACCUUGAGGAAGAAAUGGAUGAUGAUUGGGGUGACCGAGAGUUUGUCAGUGAUAUCAGCGGGGAUGAAGAUGAUGAUGGUCUGAGUGAUCUAGAGGAAGCUGCUGAUGACGAUUCCGAUUCCGAAGAACAAAACGACGAUGACGACGACGAUUCCGCUAGCGAGUCAAGAGAAAAUGUCGAGCCCAAGACGUCUCUCGGGAAACGGAAAGUGCCGCCUCCAUCCUCGUCGAAACCUACGCGUAAGCGACCAGAGAAAAAGACCAGAAAGGGUCCACGUGUGGAAGUCGAAUAUGAGCAGGAGGUCGAAAGUGUUCCAUUCUCUACGGCAAAUUGGUGACACUUAAGCUACUGCAUCUUCUUUCAUCUCGUCAUCGAUUUAUACCGACAUUUUCGCGAUCCUGCCAGUCAUUUUCAUUAGACAUAGCGAACUAUAUAAUGCUACCAGCAUUUGCAUUUUAUACUUCCACCUUUUGUCCACAUGGGCGUCACUGAUUACUAGUCUCCACUACGGCUGAAAAAUAAUCAAAACGAUCUCGGAAAGUACGUCUAGGUUGUUUUGUCUCGAUAUCGUUUGCAAGCUAUUCACAUUUUGUGUUCUUUUAUAUAUUACUAAUCACUCUUUCUCUCUCUCUCUCACACACACAGAGUCUGGGAAGGUGUGGGCGACUAUUCAGCUACAAUUAACUGAAUUGCGCUAGCAUCAAUGUUUACUUAUGUUCAACUUAUGUUUAAGGACGAAGCAAGCCGCUUUGUUGUUCAAUAGUCGGUGGUGAUACAGAGGUAUAUACAAAAUUCAAAGCGACAACAAUAG